AUGCAUGCCAAACAGUUUCCUCAGCCCUAUGCAUGGCAGCCCCAUCGUUUCCCUCAUAUGACUGACAAGCCAUGGUGCGGAGACAUCUACAGCAACCAGUUUGCUCAGCGUUGCUAUCUUCAGACGCAUGGCCUCCUCACGGCCAAUGACAAGUCCUUCCACUGUGCAAGCUACAUGAGUCAACUUUCGCAGCGUUGCUAUCUCCAGACUCAAGAGCGACUGCAGACGAUCGAAAAGCAGGCUGCCGCGCAGCAACAUAUUUACCAGGUCCCCAAACCAGCACCGGCAAACAUGUACCUACCCCACAAAAGCCAGGGCAAUAAAAUAAUGUCAAACCAACCACAGACAACGCCACAAGCAACCACUACGUCCAAAAUUCAGCAACACCAGCAGCAGCAGCAACAGCAGCAACAACCACAGCAACUGCAGCAUCAUCAUCACCACCACCAUAUUCCCCCACCACCGCCAAUUGAAAAGCCGUUCCACUGCGACCUCUGCCCAAAGCAGUUUGCCAGACGCAACACUCUGCAGAUGCACAAGCGCAUCCACACUGGGGAGAAGCUGUUCCACUGCAACUACUGUGACAAGCGGUUUGUGCACCGCGAUAAACUCCAGAUCCAUGAACGCACACAUACUGGGGAGAAGCCGUUUCGCUGUGAGUUUUGUGCCAAACAGUUCUCUCGCAAGGACAAGUUGAAGAUCCACGAGAGCUCGCACACUGGUAUCAAGCCAUAUCACUGCAGCUACUGUGACAAGCAAUUCGUUCAGAGAGAGAAGCUCAAAAUCCACACGCGGAUCCACACAGGCGAACGGCCAUUCGCCUGCAACCUUUGCUGCAAGCGUUUUGCUCGCGGGGAUAAGUUGCAAAUUCAUCGCCGGACACACACAGGAGAGAAGCCAUUCCGUUGCGAGUUCUGUCCCAAAAACUUUGUGCAGCGCGACAACCUGACGAUCCACAGGCGAACACACACUGGGGAGAAGCCGUUCCACUGCGAGAUGUGUGCCAAGCGAUUCGCUCGAGGCGAUAAGUUGCAGAUUCACAGGCGUACGCACACUGGGGAGAAACCAUUUGGCUGUGAGUACUGCCCAAAAACUUUCGCCCAGAGAGACAACCUGGUCAUACACAGGCGCACACACACGGGAGAACGCCCGUUCGCGUGUGACAUGUGCCCGAAACGGUUCUCCAGAAGCGACAAGCUGCAGCUGCAUCGGAGGACGCACACAGGUGAGAAGCUCUUCCACUGCAGCUACUGUUCGAAGCAGUUUGUCCAGCGGGACAAGCUGCAGAUCCACGAGCGGACUCACACAGGAGAAAAACCAUUCCACUGCGACAUCUGCUCGAGGAAGUUUGCACGCCGUGACCGGCUGCAGAUUCACAAGAAGACGCACACGGGCGAGAAGCCGUUCCACUGCGACCUGUGCCCGAAGCAGUUUGCGCAGCGCGACAACCUCAAGAUCCACCGGCGAAUCCACACUGGGGAAAAGCCGUUCCACUGUGAGAUCUGUUCGAGGCAGUUCGCGCGCAAGGACAAGCUUCAGAUACACAGGCGGACGCACACGGGUGAAAAGCCGUCGUAUAACUGUGAGAUUUGCCAGAAACAGUUUGAAAAGAGGGACGCCCUACAGAGUCAUCGCCAAAUGACUCACCAGGUGAACAACAACCCCAACAACAACAACCCCAACAACAAUAGCAACAGCAACAACAACAACGCCAUGGUAGCUGAAAACACUGGCACUGGUGGUGGCACACCUGUGGUGGGAGGUGCCGUGCUCCUACCUGUUCCUGCCCCACCAGCAUUGCAUUUGUGCUGUGACGUCUGCAACAGGCAAUUUGCGACGGUGGAGAAACUGCAGAACCACAAAAAGACGCAUAAACCCGUGCGGAACAACUUUCUGAAGCCGACGUCGUCUCUAGGAAUAUCUCCCCACAUUCACCCUCUCACUCUUUCUAUCUCACUCUUAGAAAAGAGCUUGUAUCUCUCUCUCUCUCUUCCCUCUCCUUCCAUCCAUCCAUCUAUCUAUCUAUUGUAUCUCCUUCUCUCUCUCCUAUCUAUCUACAUCAAUCUUAGAAAAAAAGGGUGCAUCUAUCUCUCUCUGAAAAGAGAUAGUAUCUCUUUCUCCAUCAUACUUUUAGAAAAGAAGGUUAUAUCUAUCUCUAUCUAUCUUUAUACCACUUUUAGAAACAAGAUAAAAAGAGAUCGUAUCUCUCUAUAUAUCUAUAUCUAUCACUAUCUAUUUAUCUAUUUCUAUCUUGCGCUUAGAAAAGAGAUUGUAUAUCUCUCGCUUAUCUCACUCACUCUUUCUCUCUCCCUCUCUCGCUACUCUUUCUCUCCACCCUCCCUCUCUUUAUCUAUCCCUCUUAUAAAAAGAGAUUUUAUCUAUCUAUUUUUAUCUUGCUCUUACUCUCUCUCUCUCUCUCUCUCUCUCUCUCUAUUGGUCUCAUACUAUCUCUCUAUCUCACAGAAAAAGAGUUAA